UUGGAUGCUCCGUAGAAAUCUCGUCUCGUUUAGAAAUCACGUGAAUGUUGCAGGAAGAGGAAACAUAUGAGAGGAAAGCGUCUACUUCAGAAGGAAGAUUGGAGCUGUUGUCAGGGAAAUAACCAUAGGAAAUAACACGCUUGGUGUAACGGCAGUAGGUCUAUGUGUAGCUAGCUCUACUGGAAAAAGGAAGAAUGGUUCGUGUCUGUGUCUUUCCGAAUUGUGGCAAUAGAAUGAGGAAAUACAAGUGCCUAAGCUUUCACCGUCUUCCUUUUUUUGACCAUAACGUACUGAAGUUGUGGCUAUUUGUACUUCAACUUGAUGCGCAAACCCCCAUACCAAUACUUCGCGAUAAAGAUUACCGCGUUUGCAGCGAGCAUUUUGAAGAAGAUGACUUCAAAGACACAUCUCAAAAGCGCCUGCGUCUAAAGAAAGAUGCCGUUCCAAGAGCGAAGAGACCUGCUGCAGACAGAGUGGAGACACCUCAAGCGUCAGAGCCCUCAUCUGAAGGCAAGGAGGAGAAACAGAAGCCAAAGAAGAAAAGGAAGAAUGAUAUGGAGGAGGUGAAACGGAGGCCAAAGAGAAAAAAGAAAUGCGCUAAAAACACUGGAAAACACGCAAAGAAAUUAAGAGAGCCCCAGAGCAAGUCCUCCACCGUGCUAGACAGGAACGGCCUAAUGGAGGAUGUCGUUGUGAAGGUUGCUUGCCUGCUAGAGCUGUUCCAGAAGUGCUUAGGGUGCUACAGUGAUGCCUGCAGUGUCACUACUCAACGCAAGGGACUCGUCUUCCAUGUGGUGCAGCAGUGCUGGAGCUGUAGCAACACCAGGAACUGGGCGAGCCAUCCUCCAGACCACCAGCCCCCUGACCCAACAGCCUCUCAUGAAGCACCUCAAGAGUCAGAACCAUCACCCGAAGACGUGGAGGAGGUGGAGGUGGUGGAGGAGGAAGAGGAUGAUGAUGAGGAGGAGAAACAGAGGCCAAAGAGGAAAAGGAAGGACCGUGAUGAAGAGUGGGGUCUAAGUUCUGAAGAGUUCAUGGAGACGAGCAGCGAGGAUUCUGAAGGUGUUGAUGAAGGGGAGGAGCAUAUUCUCCAGGUUGCGUGGUGCUGUGACUGUGGAGAGGAGGCAAGUGCCCGCUGCUUCAAGCAGAAACACCUGCAGCUCUACUGCUGUGUUAAGUGUGGCUACAAGGUCGGUGACCAGGAGCUGGACUGCACAGACGGCCAACAAACCCAACACACCAUCAGCCCAGAGGUCCCUACUGCUGCAGACCAAGAGAGCUCUUGUGAUGUUAGCCAAGCAGCUGAACACGCAUGCAGCCCAGACGCCAACAGCAGUAACAAACAAACUGCUUCCAAUGAUCGUCUUGAAGAUUCAAAUAGCAUUAGCAAUCAAGGGGUCAUAAACUUUGAUGAGCUGCAUAAAACCAGCAAAGAUGGUGCUGAGUUAAGCCGCAGUAGCAGCAACAACAGCCACGGAGUCUCUAGCAUUAGAGAACAGGGUUCUGUGGGCAGCAGUGACCAUGGAGGCACCAGAAAUGAAAGCCCAGAAGACACCAGCAUUAGAGAUCAGGAACGUAACACUACGUCUGAAGUAGAGUUCUCUAAAAGCUGCCACCAGGAAACUAGUGCAGCCAAUGAGGAGAGACGGAACCCUCCAAAAUAUGCCGUCUACUUCAAUGAUCCGUACAGCCUACAGAUCCAUAUGGAAAAGUUACAUGGUGGUAAACGUGAGUUUUGUCCCGACUGUGGCAAAUUCCUUAUCAGGCACGAUGGCCAGACUGCGCACGUCUGUGAUCACAAAGUCAAGCUGCUCUCGUGUCUGACUUGUAGAAAGCGCUGCAUCAAUGAGGCAGGCCUCUGUAGACACAGUCACCUGCACACUAAGGACCUUGGGCUUUCCUGCCAAUACUGCUACGAGAAGUUCAGGUUCCAGAAAGACAAGCGGGAGCACGAGGAGACCUACAAGGGGGAGAGCCUGAAGUACCGCUGCUCCGAGUGCCCCAAACGGUUUGCAGAUCGCUCCAGUCGAAACGCUCACAGGAAGACCCACUGGGAACAUGGCAGGUUUUUCUGCAAAGUGUGUGACAAGGGCUUCCCCGAUCCCCAUCACCUCAAGAGACAUGAGUUGGUCCAUACGGGAGUGAAGCCCUACAGCUGUAAGCUAUGCAACUGUUCCUUCAACCAACCAGGCCAUCUCAAGUCCCACAUGCGCCUCCACACAGGGGAGAGACCCUUCAAGUGCCAGGACUGUGGGCAGUGCUUCAACCACAACGUCAGCCUCAAGAACCACAUUCAGCGCAAACAUGGACCAGCAGCUGAGGGGGGGGGGGGGAGGAGAUUGGGUCAUUAUGUCUUUAUGAUUGUGCUUUGUGGCCACCUUCAUUUCCUUCAAUGUUGUAAUGCAUGUUUUAUUUUCUUCAUCUUGGUUGGGCUUGGAUAACUAGGUGAUAAUAUAACCUUUGUGAGUUCUAGAACAGGUAGUUGAUUUUAUUUUAAAUGUGUAUUUUAUUUUAUGUAUUUUAUUGUCCCCAUUGAGAAAUCGGUUCUGAGCUCCGACCCGCAGUUCCACAAAACAUGUUGACCGAUGGCUACACACAUACACACAUAGGGUCUGUUCGAAACGGAAGACAGCUGCCUGCUACCUCCCUCCCUCCUCCCUCCCUACAUAGAGAGCUGUCUCACUAGAUAUGACUUUAGAUUAAAUGCAUCUUAUAAAAAUGAGCGUAGCACUCUAGAAUCUUUGGUUAACACUACGGUAUGACGUUAGCAAAAGCCGGACGUUAAACUAAAUUAGCUUACGUAAGCUAGUGAUCUAUCAG